AGUGCAUCACCAUCACUUGUUAAUAAUUAAAUAUCUAAAUCCCGUCUUUACUCCGUGAUACUGUAAGGCGAAAGGUGUUCUACUAGGGAAUAAAGGUGAACUACCGUUAUCGUUAAUGGUAACCGCGCGUAAUUAUUUCCUAAAACUACUAGUAGUCCACGACAGUUCACGGGGCGUGACCUCAAUUGCUGCGUAAUGACGUUUUUGCGUGGGGCCGCAGAUGCCGGGUGAACUGAGGUUAAAGAAAAGUGGCGCUGUCGCCAUUAUCUCGUAUCCUGGGGACGCCAGCAGACUGCAAGGGCUAAAGUGAGGAAAAGUACGGAGUGUUGCAGAUAGUUUUAAGUCUCCUGGUGUAAAAUUUAAAGCAAUAAGAAGGAAGCUUUAGUGUAAAUAGCCAAGUCUGAGAAACUGUUAUAUUAGCUGAAGUUACGGACAUUCUCAUCAUAAACUGAUUGAGAGAAAAGGAAUCAGCUGAGAAAAACUCAGGGGUGUAAGAGUCUUCUGUACAAGUACGAGACGGCUUUCUAGAAAGCUGCUAAUACCUAGUUGAGAACCAUUCACACUAAAGGAUGUCAUAUAAACCUAUUGCCCCUGCUCCUUCAGGAAGCAACAGCGCCCCUGGCACUCCGGUCACCCCCGUGCCAGGAGCAGCAGUUUCAUCCCCUGCAGGUACUGUUAAUGUAUCAGCCUUUCGCCCCAUCUUCAGUGACUUUGGACCUCCAUCAAUGGGUUUCAUACAUGGAGUGAAGCCUGCAGUCUCACAGGCCGUUUCACAGGGGACAUAUAGUGACCUGCUGUCUGUUAUUGAAGAAAUGGGAAGAGAGAUCAGACCUACUUAUGCAGGAAGUAAAAGUGCAAUGGAGAGAUUAAAGAGAGGUAUAAUUCAUGCCCGGGCUCUUGUGAGAGAAUGUCUUGCAGAAACAGAACGUAAUGCACGCACGUGACACCUACUGGGGCUUUGUACUUUCAUUCUUAACACUUUGCAUUUUCCUUUCUUUUAUAUAUGUAUAUAUAAAUAAAGUUUUACUCUUGCUGACAA